AUGGCUCCCUCAGGUCCUUUUCCCGUUACUGUUCAUCCUUUUGAGUCCAAGUGCCGAGGCUCAGCUGCCUAUGAAGUAGGCCUAGCUUCUGCUCGCAAUGCUAUCGUCUUCAUUGGUGGGCUUACUGAUGGCCCGCACACUAUUCCUUAUACUCGGCUCCUGGCUCAGCGUUUAGAAGAAGCAGGAGACUUGGGCUACUCUGUCAUUGAAUUCCGCAUGAGGAGUUCCUUCUCAGGCUUUGGGACCUCGAGUCUCUCCAACGACGUGGAAGACAUCUCUGCAUUAGUUAAGUAUCUUCGAGGCAUCGGAAAGGAAAGGAUUGUCCUGUUUGGUUCUUCUACCGGAUGCCAGGACUGUAUCGAGUAUGCCGACUACCCAAAGCAUAACAACGAGCCCGUGGAUGGCUUCAUUAUGCAAGGCCCCGUGUCGGAUCGUGAGACGUUGGACUUGAUCAUGCCCAAUCCUCAGCCGAGUCUUGACAUGGCGGCCAGAAUGAUCUCCGAAGGCAAGGGCGGUGAUUGCAUGCCUUUUGACAUGAUUCCUGCCGUUCUGGGAGCUCCGAUUUCAGCUUAUCGAUUCCAGUCUCUGGCUAGUAAAGGCGGUGAUGAUGACUACUUCUCAUCAGACCUCGAUGAUGAAACACUCAAGAGGAACUGGUCGCGAUUCGAGAAGCCAGUGCUGGUCCUACACUCUGCUGAGGAUGAAUUCGUUCCCGCGCGCAUCGAUCAGGCUGCCAGUAACAAGAAGUAUAAAUCACUGAACUCUGCUGCUGUCAGCAACCUUUCUGGGCUGAUCCCUGGCGCAAGCCAUACCGUUGAGCAGCCUGAAUCGCAAGAGUGGCUUUCCAAGACGGUCAUUGAGUUUUUGAAAACGGUUUGA